AUGAUUGGCUUCAAAGCAAAGAAUCGCUUAUUUCUUUCGGCUCUUUUCCAAGGCUUGUUACUUGCCAACAGUCGUGCUUUGCCUGCCCCUAGGGACGCGUCUCGCAAUACGAUAGUCAUUGCAGGGGUAACUGUUAUCGACACUCUUCUCGUCCGAGAUGCGCAGAGCUUCGCCCGUGAGCAUAUGCUCGACUCUAUCUAUAAUCAUGUGAUGCGAUCAUGGCUACUUUCUGCAACUAUUAUUAACCCCAACGAGACUCUGCGCGCUACUAUUGAUCUUGAAGUCCAUGAAAUUGCUUCAAUUCUUCACGACAUCGGCUUGGAUCCUCAUGCUCAUUCUGCAAUUGUUAGCCCAGAUAGGCGCUUUGAGGUAGAUGGCGCUUUUGCCGCUACGAAAUUCGUCAAGGAGCACAAGGAUGGCCAAACUUGGGAUACCCAACGGCUGCGGCUCCUUUGGGACUCUAUUGCCCUGCAUUCCACGUUUACGAUUGCCGAUUAUAAGGAACUCGAGGUGCAGUUUGUGAGCAAAGGAGCGGUAGAAGACUUCAUUGGACCAUCUCUUCCGGUAACUAUGCCCGAUUGGAAUACUUUAACGGAGCAAUUCCCGCGGACAAACUUUAGCAGCAAUUUCAACGAGUCCAUUAUUCAUCUCUGCAUGGCAAAGCCAAACACAACCUAUGAUAACUGGAUGCAGCCAUUUGGAGAUCGUUAUGCGCCAGGCUACUCUUCUAAAGGCCAUGACCUGAUUGAUAUCCCUGUUUAUCCCUGA